AUGGCUCUAUACCACAAUAUCAUCUAUGGGAUUGAGAAAUUAAUGAAUGCUAGUGAAAAGUUAGAAGGAAAGGUGGCUUUGAUCACUGGAGCAGCGAGUGGGAUAGGUGAAUGCACGGCGAAGCUGUUUUCCAACCACGGCGCUAAGGUUGUGAUCGCCGACAUCCAAGACAACCUCGGACACUCGUUAAGCCAAACCUUAGGCGGGGAAAACAACAGCACCUACGUUCACUGCGACGUAACCAACGAAGAUCACGUCAAGAAUGCCGUUGACAAAGCCAUCGCAACCUACGGGAAACUGGACAUCAUGAUGAACAACGCGGCUUUUAUCGAUCGAAAGAACACCAGGAUCUCGGACAACGAAACAGCCGACUUUGAGAGAGUGCUCAAAGUCAACGUCACGGGGGUUUUCCUGGGGAUGAAGCACGCGGCCCGGGUGAUGGUUCCGGCGCGCAGCGGUUGCAUAAUUUCCACCGCCAGCAUGACCUCGGGGAUGGGCGGCGCCGCCACCCAUGCUUAUACUUGUUCCAUGCAUGCUUUUUAG